AUGACGUUAUUUAUUUACUGUAAUUUGUCAUACGGGAUCUUUUUCAGCGGACUUUUCAUUCCGAUUACGGAAUCCAGCAACAUCAAGUCCAUCCUCGAAAACUGGCCAAACAAGGAUGAUGUUCGGACCAUUGUCGUGACUGAUGGAGAGCGCAUCCUUGGCUUGGGUGACCUCGGCGCUUACGGAAUGGGCAUCCCCGUAGGAAAGCUGGCUCUCUGUACCGCGUUGGCGGGAAUGCCACCGAAGCACUGUCUCCCUAUUCUCCUUGAUGUUGGCACUAACAACAAGAAACUCUUAGAUGACCCGCUUUAUUUCGGAAUUCGUCAGCAACGUGUAACGGGUGAUGCCUACGAUAAUUUCAUCGCCGAAUUCCUGCGAUCCUGCGCUGCAGUGUACGGCAAACAUGUGCUCAUCCAAUUCGAGGACUUUGCAAAUCAUAACGCUUUCCGCUUUUUAAAGAAGUAUGCUGAGCUCUACAGUACCUUUAAUGAUGACAUUCAGGGCACUGCAUCAGUUAUUCUUGCGGGUUUGCUCACUGCCUGUCGGAAGACAGGACGGAAACUAAAGGAGGAAAAUAUCGUCUGCUUCGGCGCUGGCGAGUCGAUGCUCGGUUUCGCUCACCUCCUGGUAGAAACCCUGAAGAGUCGCAGCGCUCUGACGGAGGAGGAGGCAAAACGCCGUAUCUUCAUGGUGGAUAGUCGUGGCCUUAUUGUGGAGAACCGAUCCACUGGCGGUAUUAGCUCGGAGAAGGCUCCCUUCGCCAGGCCAGCCGGAACACCUGAAAUGACCGACUUGCUGGAGAUUAUAAAAUACGCCAACUGCACUGCCCUCAUUGGCGCCUCUGCGGUUCCCAACUCCUUUACUCCGGAAGUGAUGAAACAGCUGGCAAAACAAUGUGAGACACCGUUGAUUUUUGCCCUGAGUAAUCCCACACACAAGGCCGAGUGCACUGCUCAUGCAGCCUACAAAGCUACUAAUGGUCAGUGCCUGUUUGCGAGCGGAAGUCCUUUCCCACCGGUGAACUUGGAUCCUGAUGAUGCGCCCCGUCACGCCUCAACGUAUCACAAACCGGGCCAGGCCAAUAACGCUUACAUCUUCCCUGGUCUUCUACUGGCAAUCUCUGCCCUGCGUAUCCAGCCAGUCACAGAUGAGGACUUUAUUUCGGCUGCAGAGACAGUCUCAGAGAAUGUGUCGGACGAGGAUCUUUGUCUCGGCUCCCUCUACCCACCUUUGAAGAAGAUUCGCUGCGUCUCCUAUGCACUUGCCCGCCAGGUGGGCCACGUUGCUUUCCGGGAAGGUCGCUGUUGGCUGAAACGCUCUGAGGGAGGUCUGAAAGAGGAAGAAAUAGACGACAUUAUCAAAUCCAUGUCAUCAUACCCUGACCCGAUCCAAACCCCAAGGCACAGGAAUGCUGACUUUUAA